UUCGCAAACGGAUGUUUUAUUGACAUAUAUUACAUGACAUUACAUUGUAUUGUAUUAUUGGAAUUUAAAAUUUUCUCGUUGCAGAACGACCUAGAACAAAACAUAAGUGCUUAUAUCAAGGUUUGAGUUGCUGGAGGAUCCUAUAUAGGAUAGGACGGUCCUAAAUGAGAUCGUAAUACUGGAUGGCAGGUUUGGCUUUUUAUUUGUGUAAUAAGGUCGCACUGUUUAUGUUACUUCCAUUUCCACUGCUUCUGUAACCUGCUUUCCGCCCAAGCAAUACUCUCGCUGCAGAGUAAUGUUAAAUUGACAUGUAUAUAUAUUGCAAAGGUCGCAUUUACGUGUCACUGUGUUUGUCAUGGACCUUCCUGGGUGAGGCUGUUGUUGCUCAGUGGGACACUGGUAUCUGCAAUAAUGAAACGCAUGAUGUCGCUGUUGACCGUGGUUUUAAAAAUGAAACGUUGGAUUCAGUGGCCCCGCCUUCAGCCGGGCGCUCGCGGCGCAGGGAGGACUUGAUGAGAAUGAGAUGCACUGGCUAAAACGGCUGCAGUGAUGGGCCUCUGGAUGCAUUCUGCGCGUUGAUUUUGUUUUCAUUGUAACCGAUGUGUCAGUGUUGUGUAUUUGCUGUUAUUCUGACGCAUGCACGUUUCGCCUGCACCCCGACGCGCAAUGGGCCUCUCAGUCCCCAUAUCUCUCUGGAGUCUCAUUGUGCUGAUUCUUUGUUUGUGGGAUUCAUCUUCCGGUCAGAUCGUAUAUUCCGUCUCGGAGGAGGUGCAGAAGGGAACCGUAGUGGGAAACAUAACGAAGGAUCUUAAUCUCAGUGUUCAGGAACUGGAAUCUCGCAUGUUCCAGAUUGUGUCCGGAUCCAGCAAGAAGUACUUUGAGGUAAAUCUGAAAAACGGCAUUUUGUUUGUGAAUGAGAGAAUCGACCGGGAGGAGCUUUGUGUCAGUGCGGUGAGAUGCGCUUUGUAUCUGGAGGCCAUUGCACAUAAUCCACUGAACCUGUACCGUGUUGAGAUUAAUAUCUUAGACAUCAACGACAAUGCGCCUUCAUUUCCAGUAAAAACGCUUUCGUUGAAUAUUACCGAAGUCGCUCUGCCAAGAGACAGAUUCUCUCUGCUAUCGGCUAAAGAUCCGGAUGUAGGGAGUAACGCAGUAAAGACCUACAAGCUGAGUGCGAAUGAGCACUUCUCCCUGGAUGUACAGAGCGGCGGAGAGCAAAGUGUGUCUGCUGAGCUAGUGCUGCAGAAAGCUUUAGACCGAGAGAAACAGCCUGUCAUCCGCCUCCUACUGACUGCUGUUGACGGAGGAAAACCUCCCAGAUCCGGGACCUUACAGAUCAUUGUUAAUGUGAUGGAUGUUAACGAUAACACUCCGGUAUUCAGCAAAGCGCUGUAUAAAGUCCGAAUAUGGGAGAAUAGCCCUUUCGGGACAUCAGUGAUAAAAUUAAAUGCUACUGACAUGGAUGAGGGUGUGAACAGCCAAAUUAUGUAUUCCCUCGUGAAUACAGAAAACGUGAACAUAAUGGACAUUUUCACAAUUAAUCCUGACAGCGGUGAGAUUACAGUUAAGGGGAAUAUUGAUUUCGAAGAAAAUUCUGCGUUUGAAAUUCGAGUGCAGGCGCAGGACAAAGGUGUCCCUCCUCGUAGCACCUCCUGUAAAGUGUUAAUAGAAGUGCUGGACGUUAAUGAUAAUGCCCCUGAAAUAUCAGCGACCUCCCUGAAGAGCACAGUGAGAGAAGACGCGAUUAGCGGAUCCGCCGUCGCUCUUAUUAUGGUAUCAGAUAAAGAUGGAGGGAAAAACGGGGUAGUGAAGUGUGUCCUCUCAGGCGCAGCGCCUUUUACGCUCCAGUCCUCCUAUAAGAACUAUUACUCUUUAGUGGCUGACGGGCCGCUGGACAGAGAGCGCGCGUCUCAGUACAAUGUCACCGUCACAGCUACAGAUGAAGGGUCUCCACCUCUCUCCAGCACCAGCGUUAUUACUGUGCACGUUUCUGAUGUGAACGACAACGCGCCGCGCUUUCCGGAGCGCGUGAUGAACGUGUAUUUAAAAGAAAACAGUCCAUCGGGCGCGUUAAUAUGUACAGUGUCCGCCUUUGAUCCUGAUGAAAAGGACAACGCGCGAGUGUCUUAUUCGAUGUUGGAAAACCCUUCAAAGCCCGUGUCCGUUUCUACAGUAGUGAACGUGAACUCUGUGAGCGGAGAAAUAUACAGCCUGCAGUCCUUUAACUAUGAGGAAGUAAAAACGCUCCAGUUUCAAGUCCAGGCCACAGACUCUGGUGUCCCUCCGCUGAGCAGCAACGUGACCGUGAACGUUUUUAUCCUGGAUGAGAAUGACAACAGUCCCGGGGUUCUCCCGCCCUAUUCUGGCCAGGGCUCCGUUAAUACUGAGAGCAUUCCCUAUGUUGCUGAAGCGGGGUACUUUGUGGCCAAGAUCAGGGCUGUAGACGCAGACUCUGGCUACAACGCGCUGCUUUCUUACCACAUCACGGAACCCAAGGGAAGCAGCCUCUUCCGAAUCGGAAGCAGCAGCGGGGAAAUAAGGACUAAGAGGCGAAUGAGUGACAAUGACUUGAAGACUCACCCGCUGGUCAUUUUGAUCUCUGACCACGGAGACCCUUCCCUGUCAGCGACUGUGUCUAUCGAUGUUGUGGUGGUGGAAAGUGCGAGUGAAAUACAGACGUCGUUCAGACAGCUGCCGGUGAAGGAGGAGACUUUCUCUGAUUUAAAUCUGUAUUUGCUGAUCGCCAUUGUGUCGGUGUCAGUUAUAUUUGUACUGAGCCUGAUUAGUUUAAUCGCUGUAAAAUGCCACAGGACGGGCGGCGGUUUGAGCAGGUACAGCGCCCCAAUGAUCACCACUCACCCUGACGGGAGCUGGUCUUACUCUAAAUCUACUCAGCAGUAUGACGUGUGCUUUAGCUCAGACACACUGAAGAGUGACGUAGUGGUUUUCCCGACGCCGUUUCCGUCUGCUGAUGCGGAACUGAUCAGUAUUAAUGGAGGGGACACUUUUAAACGGACACAGACGCUCCCCAACAGCGAGAAGGUAAGGCGUAUAGUUUUGCAAUUCUGGUUGCUUUGAAUCGUUGCAUUUUACUUCAUUGGCCUUGCAUGUUUAAGUCGGAAGCAGUUAUGCUUUCACUCACGGUUAUAUGCUUUU